GAGCAACUGCGAAAUUCUCUCCAAGCCGAGCGGGACGAGAAGACAGAUGUGCAAGCCAAGCUUGAUAAGCUUGAUAGCGAUCACCUCAAAGUCUCCAUCGAAUACGACAUCAUAGACGCCGAGCUUAUUGAAGAAAAUAAGUCUAAUAGCACACUUCGCAAAAGCACAGAGGCGAUGAUGCACGAGCUGAACAUGCUCCGUAAGGUAGCCAAAAGCCGCUAAGGUGCUCUCGGUGAGCAAGACCACCACAAGCUGCUGGAACUGGUGAGCGGAACCACCACAUUGAACAAGAGCCUCAUCGAAACGAACGCUCAGCUACAAGAUAAUUUCCAGAAGAUCGAGCAGUGGGGCAAGACCGUCGUCGACAAUUGCGAGAGCGAAAUCAUGAAAGCGAAGAGUGACAGCAACUAUUGGUGGGACCUUUACUUCAACGAGGCUGUUCCAACCACGCAGCGCUUGCACGACGAAAUUGCCGCCCUCAAAGCAGAGAAGGGUGAGCAGCAUUUCGCCGAGCCAGCUCCACCCGCCAACGCCGAGGUCUAUGACCGGAAGAUGCUGGCAUUCGCUAUGGCAUGCGGGCUUCAGGGUAUUCCGCCGGAUCUUAUCUCUGCCACUAUCCACGACCCUACGUUCGGAGCGUGUUUGUCCCCUACUGAAUCCGCGUUGAAGAUGCUGCGACCACAAGGAUGGUACCCGGUCUACAUCGCGGGUAAAGUCUGGCUGUCAAAGAUGGUAGCGCCACUCUCCGAAGAGCAGGCCGCGUUGCGCAUUCAGGCGGGCGAUCACAACGCGAGUCAGGGUAGCGCUGGCUCUGCGCGAUCCUCAGUGAGCAACACAUACGCGCCACGGAACACCAACUUCCCGACCAGCUCUGGCGCCCACAACGAAGUGCCGGAUAGUGCGUCAGAUCCAAGGAUACCCAUCCUGACGCACGCAUCGAGCCGACGAGCACAGAGUCCCAUCACUCCCAAACACAAUGACCGAGCGGCUGCUGGAGACACAGCGAUGCGACUGUUGCCGAUACAGGCACCGAAGUCGAAACCUCGAGCGGUACGCCGGGUCGUGAAUAGCCGCGCUGUCGAUGCAUCGCAAUUAACAGAAUACCAACCAUCCUGGCAGCAGAUUGAGGGCGGUAUGACACGUGUAGAAUGGGACGAGAUGGACGAAGAGCUAAGGAUCCAUUGGGCCACGAACUACCUCAGGAUUUGAGACGACCAGAUGUCUGGCAACACAAUACGACCACAUAUAUGCGUUAAUAAUCGUAGGAUCAUAAGGCGAAAACAGAAGACGGGGCCUUGAUGACCUGCUAGCGAUGCAGAGCGAGGAAGGUCGCAGGAUGGGAGGAUACGCGCGAUAACCGGACUACGAGAUCCGCAAAGAAACCUACCCUACCGCGCUGAUAGAACACGUAGGAGAUGGUAAUGGACAAAUCCACUUAGUUAGUGAGAUGCGCGAGCGCUGGAGGAGAUGGAAAGAGAUGUGGGAAGAAAGGGAAAGACGAC